AUGUAUUUCAGCACCUCUCCCAUCUGUUCCAUAUUGCAGCCACAGGCGGACGGGGCGGAGACGUUUGCGGAGAGGCGGGACUUCCGGCGCAGCCUGGGUCCCCGUUUCCGGCGUCGUCAGGCUGCUGCCUGCGCUCUCAGCGCCCGCGGCCAGGACGCCGAGGAGGGGCACGGCAGUGCCGACUUCUCUGGUAGCCGAGCCUUCGCCUUUGCUGAGAACGGCUCUGCGAGCCUGGUGAGGAGCCGCUGUGGGACGGGCGAGCGCCCGCCCGUCUCGGGGCUUCCUUUUAUGGUGAGGAAGCGGAGGACAUAA